AUGUCUCCCAACAACACCGUCCAGGACUCUGUACAGCAUGCCUCUCUCACGAACCCAGAGCAAUUCUGGGACAAGCACGCCAAACAGCUAUACUGGCACAAGCCAUAUUCGUUCGUUCUCAAACAGCAAACCAAGAUACUGGAGGACGGCACGUCAUAUCCGCACUGGUCAUGGUUCCCAGACGGCGAGAUCAACACCACAUACAAUUGUCUCGAUCGGCAUGUGAAGGCCGGCAACGGCGACAAGCUCGCCAUGGCCUGGGACAGUCCAGUAAGCGGAUCGAAGGAAAAAUACACAUACGCAGCCAUGCUCGAAGAGGUGGAGAUACUCGCAGGUGUCCUGCGCGAAGAAGGCGUGAAAAAGGGUGACGUGGUGCUCAUAUACAUGCCCAUGAUCCCUCCUGCGAUCUUUGGCAUGCUCGCCGCCGCGAGACUGGGCGCUCUACAUGCCGUCGUCUUCGGUGGCUUUGCCGCGAACAGUCUGGCGCAGCGCAUCGAGGCGGCGAAACCGAAGCUCAUCCUCACGGCGAGUUGCGGGAUCGAAGGCUCAAAGGGGCCACUCGACUAUCGACCGUUUGUGGAAGGCGCCGUCGAACAGAGCAGUUGGAAGCCAAGCAAGACGCUCAUUUGGCAGCGCGACGUGUUGCGCUGGGACCCCGUCCGGAUAGACAGAGGUCAGCGCAACUGGCAGCGGCUCGUCAAGAGCGCACGGAACCGAGGCGUCAAGGCUGAAGCAGUCCCCGUCAAAAGCACAGACGGUCUCUACAUCAUCUACACCAGUGGGACGACGGGGUUGCCCAAGGGCGUGCUGCGCGAGGUCGGCGGACACGCCGUCGGGCUGAACUUGAGCAUCAAGUACCUCUUCGACGUCAAAGGCCCAGGCGACGUCAUCUUCACGGGCAGCGACAUCGGCUGGGUCGUGGGCCACUCGUACAUUGUCUACGCGCCACUGCUCGCCGGUGCGACGACCGUCUUGUACGAGGGGAAGCCCAUUGGCACGCCGGACGCUGGUGCCUUCUGGCGUCUCGUCGACGAGUACAGGGUCACCACGCUCUUCACGGCGCCCACGGCACUCCGGGCGAUCCGCAAGGAAGACCCCGGCGACAAGGCGUUUAAGCACUACGGCGACAAGGGCCGGCUGAGGCAUUUGCGCGGCCUGUUCCUCGCGGGCGAGCGGUCUGAGCCGGCCAUCAUCACCCACUACCAGGACUUGUUGACCAAGUACGCUGCGCCCGACGCCCGCGUCAUCGAUCACUGGUGGUCCAGCGAGUCGGGGAGCCCCAUGACGGGUCUCGCGCUGCGGCCAGCCAUCGGACACGACCACAGCAGUCGCGAGAACCACAAGGCUCUGGCCAUCAAGCCUGGCAGCGCGGGUAAGCCGAUGCCCGGGUUCGACGUGCGCGUCGUUGACGACGAAGGCAAGGAAGUGCCUCAGGGAAACAUGGGAAAUAUCGUUCUCGGCGUGCCGUUGGCUCCGACGGGCUUCACUACGCUGUUCAACGACGACUCGCGCUUUUAUCGAGGCUAUCUUAAGCGGUUUGAGGGCAAGUGGGUCGAUACAGGCGAUGCAGGCAUGAUUGACCAGGACGGUUAUGUUCACGUUAUGAGCCGAAGUGACGAUAUAAUUAACGUUGCAGCGCAUAGAUUCAGUACAGGCGCCAUCGAACAAGCAAUAACAUCCCACCCGUCCGUCGCCGAGGCGUGCGUCGUAGGCAUCCCCGACGCCAUGAAGGGCCACUUGCCCUUCGCGUUUGUAGUCCCCUCGGCGUCUACGCCGUCCGAACUUCCCGCGACGCCGAGCAAGGAAUACUUUACAAGCAUCAACAACAUUGUUCGCACGAACAUCGGCAGUAUCGCCUCGCUGGGCGGCAUCAUUCAGGGUAAAGGCAUGAUUCCGAAGACGCGUUCAGGCAAGACCCUGAGAAGAGUGCUGAGAGAACUCAUCGAGAACGCCGCAGACGGCAACUUUGACAAGGAAGUCAAUGUCCCUGCUACCGUGGAGGAUAAGGACGUGGUUGAGGUCGCCAGGGCAAAGGUCAAAGAGUGGUUUGAGGCAAGGGCAAAGGCUCAAGAAACGACCAAGGCGAAGUUGUAG